AUGUCGACUGCCACGACCACCACUCCCACGCGCAAACCCAUGCCCUCGGCAUUGACCUUUGACUUACAUGCCAAGUGUUCAACAACAAAAGCACGCGCCAGUACCCUCCGCCUCCCCCAUGGCGAUGUCCCCCUCCCUAUCUUCAUGCCCGUCGCGACCCAGGCCUCCCUGAAGGGCUUGACGUACGACCAGCUCCGACAGACGGGCUGUCAGCUCUGUCUGAAUAAUACCUACCACCUUGGAUUGAAACCCGGGCAGGCGGUGCUGGAUGCCGUAGGCGGGGCGCAUAAGUUGCAGGGAUGGGAUCGGAAUAUUCUUACGGAUAGUGGAGGAUUCCAAAUGGUGUCCUUGCUUAAACUUGCCACUGUUACGGAGGAAGGUGUACGGUUUUUGAGCCCUCAUGAUGGCACACCGAUGCUGCUCACCCCCGAACAUUCGAUCUCGUUACAGAAUUCGAUCGGAUCCGAUAUUAUCAUGCAAUUGGACGAUGUGAUCGCAACCACUUCGCCGGACCGGGAGAGAAUCCAUGAAGCCAUGGAGCGUUCCGUUCGCUGGUUGGAUCGUUGUAUCGAUGCACACAAGUACCCGGAGAGACAGAAUCUGUUUUGCAUUAUCCAGGGUGGACUGGAUUUGGAGAUGCGGAAACAAUGUUGCGAGGAGAUGGUGGCGCGAGAUACACCGGGUAUUGCCAUUGGUGGUCUUUCUGGUGGUGAAGCGAAGGAGGACUUUUGCAGGGUGGUGGAUACUUGCACGGGACUGCUCCCGGAGAAGAAGCCGCGAUAUGUGAUGGGAGUGGGCUAUCCGGAGGACUUGAUCAUGGGAGUUGCGCUUGGCGCAGACAUGUUUGAUUGUGUCUGGCCGACACGGACGGCUCGCUUCGGCAACGCCGUGGUCCCGACAGGGACAUUGAACCUGCGCCACCGGUCUUUCGCAGAGGACUUCCGGCCGGUGCAGGAGGGCUGCACCUGCAGCAUCUGUCUCCCGAAGGAGCAGGGUGGACUGGGUAUUACGCGGGCAUACCUGCACCAUUUGGCGGCGAAGGAGACUGUAGGAGCACAUCUGCUUACGAUGCACAACGUGCACUAUCUGCUGUCGUUGAUGGGAUUGGCGCGACAGGCCAUCAUAGAGGACAGGUUCCCGGCGUUUUUGCGCAACUUCUUUGGGAAGUUGUAUGGAGAGAAGACUGAUUACCCGGACCACUACAGAGAACUAUACAAAAUGGCCCCCUCAGCCGAAACCCUCCCCACCCAGGAGUCAACUCCCCAACCCACUACCACCACUACCACCACCACUCCCCAGCCCAUUCCCCACGACCCAACCCACGAAGAACACCAAUACCUGAACCUAAUCCGCCGCAUCCUCGCAGAAGGCGAGCACCGCCCGGACCGCACCGGCACCGGCACACGCUCGAUCUUCGCCCCUCCGCAGAUGCGCUUCUCUCUCUCCAAACCCUCCACCACCACCUCAGAAGAACCAUACACCCCGAUCCUCCCCCUCCUAACCACCAAACGCGUCUUCCUGCGCGCCGUCCUCGCCGAACUCCUCUGGUUCAUCUCCGGCACGACCUCCUCCGUACCCCUCAGCGACGCCGGGAUUAAAAUCUGGGACGGCAACGGCUCGCGCGAAUACCUCGACAAAGUAGGCCUCUCGCACCGGGAAGUCGGCGACCUAGGGCCGGUGUACGGCUUCCAAUGGAGACAUUUCGGGGCUGAAUACGUCGAUGCCAAGACAGAUUAUACCGGUCAGGGCGUGGAUCAGUUAGCCGAGGUGGUGAAGAAAUUGAAGGAGAAUCCGUUCGAUCGGAGGAUUAUCAUGUCGGCGUGGAAUCCGAAGGAUAUGAGGAUUAUGGCUCUGCCGCCUUGUCAUAUGUUUGCGCAGUUUUAUGUCAGGUUUCCGGAUGCGAAGAGGGAUGAGAGGACCGGGGUGGUUAGGGAUGGGGAGUGGGGGAAGGGCCAUUUGGAUUGUUUGUUGUAUCAGAGGAGUGCGGAUAUGGGGCUUGGGGUGCCAUUUAAUAUUGCUUCUUAUGCGUUGUUGACGCAUUUGUUGGCCCAUGCGGUUGAUAUGGUUCCCGGCACUCUGGUGCAUACCUUGGGUGAUGCUCAUGUUUAUUUGGAUCAUGUGGAGGCGUUGAAGGAGCAGAUUGAACGCGAGCCCCUGGCGUUUCCGGAGGUGAGGAUUAAGAGGGACGAUAGGGGUAGUGGGGUUGUUGAUGGGUGGAAGGAGGAGGAGUUUGAGGUCAUUGGGUAUAAGCCGCAUAAGGCGAUUAAGAUGAAGAUGAGCGUUUAG